AUGAUUCGAGUGAGCAAAAAAGAGGAUUUAACUAUAUACUGGGAAUUUUCAAGGUAUCUAGAUUUUUGGUCACAUUUAACUUUUCAUGAAAUGUGUGACAACUAUGAAAUUUUCAAUAACUUUUCUACCGAAUGGCAAGAGCAAUAUGUUCACUGGAAAAAAGCCACUUUCUACUUUGGUUCGAUUGGAACUGCAAUUAAUAUAAUUCUUUUGAUCCUCCUUAUUUCUCUCGAAGGAUACCGCAGGUUUCCCGAGUAUGUAUACCUAGGGAUAGGAGAUUUCUGUGCCACUGUUGGACUAAUGUUUCGUGGAACAGAUCGACUUCAACUUUUUCAGAUGAUUCGGAGCACUGGAACAGCAUGCAGACAGACUUCAAUUACUUGUGCACAAAAGGCUUACAUAUGGUUGCGACUUGUUGGUUCAUUACUCCCCGCACUUAUUCUCGUUAUUAUUGGUUUUGAGAAGCUAUCUUGCGUUUUAUGGCCAGCCUGGUACAAGCGGCAUGCAGAAAACAAGGGCAAAAAAAUCACUAUCUGCGUCACACUGUACCUCACCUUUAAUAUUCUAGCAGCUUCAGUGUUGGUCAUUGUAAACGAAAACUCAAAUGUGAAAAUUUCUUGUGGGAGGAAAGAGACAUUUUCAAAGCCGUUUAUGCUUUACGUUUACAUGAUUGAGAUAUUGGGAUACUUGACAGCAUUCAUUCUCAAUAUUAACGCCUAUCUACGAUUAUUGCGACUAACGAACCUAAGGGAUGCUGAAAAUUUAAUCCGAAAAGCAAAAAUUUCCUUAAUUCUGGCUUUCUUUUCAUGCAUACUAGUCGCUAUUCCAGGGAUUUUCAAUAUGAUAAAUGCAGUGAUGGAUUUAAAAAAAGUCAAUGUUAGAGAAGCUGCACUAUGUUUAGCGUCGAUAAAUGCUUCCAUGAAUAUUUUCUUGUAUUUAUGCUUGAAAGGCGAAAUUUACCAACGAUUACAUUACAAAUUGCGCACACAAAAAAAUCGUAUUGUUGCUAUUAAAACAGAAUUAAGUAAAACUUCUGAGAAAAUUCGCAAAACUUGUCUUCGUUGA